CAUGGUCGGAGGAGCGCUUUACGCUACCAUACUCACGAGGCAGUGCAAACCCAUCUUGACCGCCACCAUCCCAUCGUUAUCACCAGUAAACACUGUCUUGAACAUGUCCGACGCAGACUCGCUCUACUCCUUUACGGACACGCUCGUCGACAGGGGCGAUUUCUCUACCACAACACUCGCAUCGGGUCAGGACAACCUCGGUACGCUCGUACUCCACCAGACAAACAGUCAUGGGCUCGAUGUCAGGCAGCUUGAGCGGGCAGGGCUGCCCUCGGCCUGGCAUCGUAGCGACAGGCCGGCAACUAUGGAGUCGUCUCCCGGUUUCCAUCCACCCAAGCUCACCAAGCGUCUCCACCUGCGCGUGCCCAGGGAUACGCAGCUGCUCCAUGCGGUCCGCAUACCGCACGUCACGAGUCUGGAGGCACUGGCCGAGGUUCGCAAGCAGGCCAGCAAGACGGGCAGGUUGCGCACAAUAUACGACUCGGAACUGUGCGAACUCGUCGGCCGUCGAGAACGCACCAGGAUGCAUGCCGUUGUGCGUCUACUCUUUGGCACGCGAGGCAUCAAAUCGUCCAAGUUCUUCUACCCUCCCCAGCGUGUACAUCUGCCCUACAGCCAGUCUGCUGCUGGUGUGCCUGUGCAGUGGGCCACUCUGAUCCUCACGUCGCCCCCUCUGACGACCGAGCCGGAGGAAUCAUGCUCCCCAGCCGACGACCUGGCAAAGACGUUGGCCUGUCUCCGCUCCAAGACGGACAACGAGCUCCUGGCGCAGCUAUUUAAGCCGUCUGAUCACGCCGAGGCCAUGCUCGACGAUGUGCUCAAUGCUCUGGAGGCACGUGGCGGCAUGUGGACAGUCGCAGCACAUCGAUCGCGUCCACAGCCCCGCAAUGCAGAUCCGCAACAGCGGCCCGAGUUUGUCGUCCAGGGUCUCUUUCCCAAGUCCUUUCUCAAUCGUUGCGCUCGCUACCAAAGAAAGGCCUCACGUGUCCUGCCCAGUGACAUCGACUCCGACGACAAGACCCAGCUUAUCACAGCAACGACGGCCGAGUCGUCAGCAGGAGCAGAGGGAAGUGGGCGUGGAUACGCAGACAAGGACCGGCUGGAAGGGUUUCGCAUUGGCAUGACGCUCGAGCCAGUCAACACUGGCUCGCCCUGGGAGCAGUCAGGUACAGCAUCGAUGAUGGGCGUGGGAAUGGCAAUGACCGGAGGUGGUUUUGGUGGGUGUUGAGUCAACUCACGAUGCGCAAUGGAAUGAUAUGCAUCCAAU